GGUGGACGUUUUAAACCAAACACCUGUAAAGCUGAUCAGAAAGUUGCAAUAGUCAUAGCUUACAGAGACAGGCGGAAACAUUUAUUAGACUUUUUAUAUAAUAUUUUACCCAUGUUAAAGAGACAACAGUUGGAUUUUACCAUUUUUGUUGUUGAACAGGCUGGUACAGAAAUGUUUAACCGUGGAUUAUUGAUGAACGUCGGUGUGCUAGAGUCAUUAAAGAUAGAUAAUUAUACCUGUUUUAUAUUUCACGAUGUUGAUAUGUAUCCCAUUCACGACUUUAACUUAUAUAAAUGUGAAGAUAAACCCAAACAUAUGGCUGUGGCUUUACAGAAGUCUCAUUUUCAAUUACUUUUUGAAGGAUAUUAUGGUGGUGUCUCGGCUUUAAAUAAAACACAUGUAGAAAUGACCAAUGGAUUUUCCAAUGCAUUUUUUGGUUGGGGUGGCGAAGAUGGUAACCAUAGAGACAGAAUUCGUGCAAAAGGUUUAAAGACUGUUCGUUAUCCAUUGAGAUAUAGUAGAUAUGCAACACCUGGUCAUAAACGAGAUAAAACUAAUCCAACUAAUCCAGAGAGAUUUCAGAUGAUGCAGAAUACUAAAGCUAGAAUGGUGUAUGACGGAUUGAAUAGUGUUGUUUAUAAUGUUACCGAUAUAACUUAUUUAAAAUUAUACAUAAAUAUCACCAUCGUAAUCGAUAAAACUGCAGUGUUAAAAGUAAGUAUAUUGCUCAAUACCCUUAAAACGGCCUAUAUACACGUAUAUUUUUUGCGUUUUUUGACGUGUUUCGAGUUGCAUGGCUCCCUUGUAGAUUCGCCACUGUCACGGUAG